AGCCCGGGUUCCAGGGCCGCAGCCCGGCCCGCCACGCGCGCACACGCCCCUCAAUGACAUCUCUCCGGGGCGGGCGGCGCUGAGCCGGGCCGGCGAGCGUCCGCGGGGGAAGAGGUCUGCCUUCCCGGGAGACCCGGCCGGGGCGGCGGCGCCGAGCGCCCGCUCCUCCCGCUCCCCCUCUCGCCCUUCCUGCUCCUCCCGCUCCCCGCCGCCGCCGCCGCCGCGUGGAUGCCAAGUACCAGUUUCCCAGCCCCUUCCAAGUUUCCACUCGGCCCUCCGGCUGCAGUCUGCGGGAGCGGAGAAACUUUGGGGCCCGCGCCGCCCUCCGGCGGCACCAUGAAGUCGGCGGAGGAAGAGCACUAUAGUUACGCCUCCCCCGGCGUCCGCUCCACUCUGCUUCCCAGCUCGGCUCAGCCCUCGCUGCCCGCUCCAGGCCACGACUUGCAGACCUCGGCCCCGGGCGUGCCGGCCACCGCAGCCAGUCAGCCCCCAGGCUAUGGGGGCGCAGUGGACAGCGGGCCCUCGAGCUACUUCCUCUCCUCCGGCCACGCCAGACCCAACGGGGCCCCCGCCCUGGAGAGCCCCCGCAUCGAGAUCACCUCGUACAUGGGGCUGCACCACGGCAACAACCAGUUUUUCCAUGACGUGGAGGUGGACGACGUCCUUCCCGGCUCCAAGCGGCCCCCCUCCACGGCCACCCUGAAUCUGCCCAACCUGGAGGCCUACCGGGACCCCUCGUGCCUGAGCCCGGCCAGCAGCCUGUCCUCCCGCAGCUGCAACUCCGAAGCCUCGUCCUACGAGUCCAACUUCUCGUACCCCUACGCGUCCCCACAGACAUCCCCGUGGCAGUCGCCCUGUGUGUCCCCCAAGACCACGGACCCCGAGGAGGGCUUCCCCCGUGGCCUGGGGGUCUGCGGCUUGCUCGGCUCCCCCCGACACUCGCCCUCCACCUCUCCCCGCACAAGCGUCACUGAGGAGAGCUGGCUGGGGACCCGCACGUCCCGGCCCUCAUCGCCCUGCAACAAGAGGAAGUACGGCCUCAACGGCCAGCAGCUGACCUCGCCGCACCACUCGCCCACGCCAUCCCCGCGCGGCUCGCCACGGGUCAGCGUCACCGACGACACGUGGCUGGGCAACAGCACCCAGUACACCAGCUCGGCCAUCGUGGCCGCCAUCAACGCCCUCAGCACCGACGGCAGCCUGGAGCUGGACGGCGUCCCCGUGAAGGCACGCAAGACCGCCCUGGACCACUGUCCCUCGGUGGCGCUCAAGGUGGAGCCGGCCGGCGAGGACCUGGGGACCACGCCGCCCACGGCCGAGUUCCUGCCCGAGGAGUUCCCGUCCUUCCAGCACGUCCGGAAGGGUGCCUUCUGCGACCAGUACCUGUCGGUGCCGCAGCACCCGUACCAGUGGGCCCGGCCUCGGUCCCCGACAGCCUACGGCAGCCCGACGCUCCCGGCCCUGGACUGGCAGCUGCCGUCGCGCUCGGGACCCUACGAGCUGAGGAUCGAGGUGCAACCCAAGCCCCACCACAGAGCCCACUACGAGACAGAGGGGAGCCGGGGGGCCGUGAAGGCGUCGGCCGGAGGACACCCCAGCGUGCAGCUUCACGGCUACUUGGAGAACGAGCCACUCACACUACAGCUGUUCAUCGGGACGGCCGACGACCGCCUACUGAGACCCCACGCCUUCUACCAGGUCCACCGGAUCACGGGCAAGACCGUCUCCACCACCAGUCACGAAGCCAUUCUCUCCAACACCAAAGUCCUGGAGAUCCCGCUGUUGCCGGAGAACAACAUGCGAGCCAUCGUGGACUGUGCUGGGAUCCUGAAGCUCAGAAACUCAGACAUCGAGCUGCGGAAAGGGGAGACGGACAUCGGGAGGAAGAACACCAGGGUCAGGCUGGUCUUCCGGGUCCACAUCCCGCAGCCCAGCGGCCGGAUGCUGUCCCUGCAAGUGGCCUCGAACCCCAUCGAGUGCUCCCAGCGCUCGGCCCAGGAGCUGCCCCUCGUGGAGAAACAGAGUGCGGCCAGCUGCCCUGUCCUUGGUGGGAAGAAGAUGGUCCUGUCCGGCCACAACUUCCUGCAAGACUCCAAAGUCAUCUUCGUGGAGAAAGCUCCAGACGGUCACCACAUCUGGGAGAUGGAGGCGAAGAUGGACAGAGAGCUGUGCCAGCCGAACUCGCUGGUGGUCGAGAUCCCGCCGUUCCGCAACCAGAGAAUAACCAGCCCCGUCCAAGUCAGUUUCUACGUCUGCAACGGGAAGAGAAAGAGGAGUCAGUGCCAGCGCUUCACCUACCUUCCCGCGAACGCUCCAGCCAUCAAGACAGAGCCCGCCGACGACUACGAGCCUGCCCCGACCUGCGGACCAGCGAGCCAGGGCCCCAGCCCUUUCCCUAAGCCCUGCUGCAGCCAGCCACCGGCCUCCUGCCCGCCGCCCGGCUUUCUGCCCUGCCCCCCGAGGAGCACCAUGCUGUCUGCGCCCCCCAGCACCAGCCCCAAGCUCCAUGACCUCUCUGCCGCCACCUACAGCAAGGGCGUGGCCGGCCCGGGCCUCGGACUUCUGCGGCCGGCCGGAGGGGUCCUCGCCGUUGAGGAGACGCCGAGACUCGUGGGCGUGCACCCCGGGCCCCCCCAGCCGCCGCCCCCCGCCCUGCUGCGACCCCAGGUGAGUCCCCAGCUCAGCGUCGGCUGUCCCCCAGGCCGCCGGCCAGCUCCGUGUCCUGACAGCCCCUGCUCCUCGCCACCGCCCGGUACCCAAGAGCCGACCUGUUUACAGCCCUGCGGCCCCGCCCGCCCGUCCGCGACAGGCCACCAGCUGCCCCAACGGCCGAAGGCUCCGAGGAGUGAGUCCACAGCCCCCCGGCCUCUGCCGCCGCCCGAGGUGCGUGAGGACGGUAGUCGUAGUCUGGCCCCCAUUCCCGUAAUGGUCAAGCGAGAGCCUCAGGACUUGGACCAGCUGUACCUGGACGACGUAAAUGAAAUAAUACGGAACGAUCUCUCCAGCGCCAACAUCCGAUCGUAGCUGGCCACACGGAGCUCCUGCGCAAGCUGCUUGGAGCCCGCUCGGCCGCCAACGGUCCCGCUCCCACACCAGGACUUCCGGGGACACCCGACGCACACCCAGCACCAGCCCAGCUACCGCUAACCCAAGAUUUGCCUCACGCGCUCCAAGUAGUUCUGUGCCCAGGAGGACGGACCUAAGGGGGUGGGGCCACCGGUGCACCUGUCACGGGCCCCGGGCGCCCCCACCCCUGCUUCGGUGCUGGAAGUGCCUUAUUAACCGGACCUGGUGCCCCGGGGCAGAGCGUGGGGUCUGCUGCCAGGAGAGCGUGUGUAGGAGCGAAGCUGUAAAGACAUGUGGCCGUGCGGCUCUCUCUUCUGUGUGGCUGGGAGAACCGCGGCCAGCAAGGCAUUGCGAGGAGGCCCAGCCCCGCUUCCGAGCUUUCUCUGCUCCCCUUGGGGCUGCGGCGUGAGACCUGCUGCCUCAUUCCGUGCGUUUCGGGGUCUUUCCCGUCGUCCUCUUUCGCGUCCCCUGCUCCCUCCCGUGUUACCGAAACUGUAGGGCUGUUGACUGUAGCAUGCUGGGGUUUUGUUUUUAAUCUGGCUUUGAACGUGGCGCAGGUAGGAUGAGAGCACAGGAUACGCCACAGGACGAGGAGGUCUGUGCGCCCAGGACCGACCUGGCGUUUGCGUGUGUGCACGGCCAGCGGCACGCAUUUACGCACAAAUGCAGAGUGACGGAGGGGGCGAUGUGCGGCCCUCGCCCCGCAGGGGCUGCCGCGUUGGCCGUACCCCGUGUCCUUUCUGGAAAAUGCAUCUGAGACAAAACCCAGCUCCCCGGCUCCGUCCCCGGGGCCCAUCUCCCGUCCGCCGGGUCUGCACUGUCCUGUGGGGUGCGGCGGGCCGAGCUCGUCAGAAAGCCGGGAGAGGUGCGUUCUUGGUGCCCAGAUGUGCCCGAACGGCAGGUGGAAAGCGACUGUGCCGAUGUCCAGGGGGUGUAACGUGUUCGUUCCGCUGUGAGAUUUCCCUUCACAGAAGCCUUCCGACCGCGCUUCAUCUAAGGGAACAGUCACCAGAAAUGGGUUCCUAGACAGCGCCUGCCGUGGGUUCCCGACUAGCCGCUGUGAACAUACAGGUCAGCGUAGACGCCAUUGCUUCUCCCGCAUCUGUACCGCAACCGCCUGCAUCACGUGACUGCUCGCCGGGACCCGUCGUUUCACGUAACCAAAAAGCAUGGUGCAUUAAAACAUGGUUCACCUGGAAGUUGUGCCUUAGGAGUCCAGGCCCCUCAUGGAACACGCCUCAGCUGCACCCGCGGGCGGGCGGCAUGGGUCCUGACCCCACAGCACGACGUGAGGCUGGAAAGGAUCUGCGCAGCGUCUUCCUGUACGACCACACGCCGUUUUUGUUGGACUCCCGGGAAGGACACAAGCCCAAAAGCCCUAUGUGUACCCUCGCACACCGCCCUGAGAACGCCGGCACGUGGCUGCGCCCCGGCCACGGCCCGCCCGUCGCCCAGACCUCGACCUACCCUCAGUGUCCUAGGACUCGCAUGACCCUCUUCUCGGUGGGCUUUCUGUGGGAAGGAACUGUUUGGUGUUUGUGUCCGCUGUCCUUUAGGAGAUAGACCCAAUAAAGCAGUAUUUUUUGCUGGACAA